AUGGUAAAUUAUUUUUUACAUAUUUUUAAAUUAAUGUUCGUUGAUUUGAAGGAUGCCAAGACGAUAGAAAGGCUGCGGGAGAUGAAAGCCUCCAAUGUGCACUACGACCUCUUGCAGUUCUACAGAACGAAGAUCAGUAGAGCCAUCAUCAAAAAAGACGCGGCCGGGGCUUUUGAUCUCUACUUUGACGGAUUCUCUUAUUUUUAUGAAGGUAUGACUUCAUUUUUAAAGCAGAAAUGAUGGCACGAAUAUGAUUUGAGUUGCGGAGAACGGGUUGAUCGUCGAUUUGACAAACUAUUUGGGCGACUGCUUCGAAAAAUCUCAGUUCGAACCUUCUGAGCAGCUUUUUUCGUUAAUUGCAAAGGUGAGAACAGUUUCUAUUGUGAGAAAACUUCAGUGGAAAUGAUUGUGAUUUUUAAGGUUGUUCUUCGGUUUGGUGAUGACAACGAUCACCUUCCGCCGUCAGAAGAUGUCGUACAAGCUUUGCUGGACGCUCGCCAAAAGUUCAUCGAUUCGACUGUCCGAUGGUUGGUUUCGAAAUAAUUUCUUCUAUUUUUGUUGAUCAAGAAAAGUUUGAAUUAAAAUAAUGUCUUCUUUAAGAUGGAUGAUAUUUCUAUGCUGUUUUAGAAUUUUAGAGAAUAUGAUGAGAGUCCAUGCGCUCAAUUUUUUGAAAAAUUUCCAAUUCAAGGUCCAAGAAGUUUGCUCGUGGGAAUACUCAAGAGCACCGUUUCGGCUUCGCAGAUCUCCAUUCUCACAUUGGCGACGCUUUCUUCGAGCAGAAAUCUCUUGAUAUGGCCCACAACCAUUAUCUCUUGUCCAACGAUCCCAAUGUAGGCGAUCUUUUUCUUAUCUUCAACUGAUUGAAAAUUUCAGAAGCUUUCCAGUUUUUUGGCCGACAUCCAGAAGACUUUCGCUCCUAGCUCCGAUGCUGAUCUUAUUAUCGCUCGUGCCGUUUUACAAGUGCGAGAGUAUUUUAGGCUUCUAAAAAAAAAGAUUACAGUUGCUUUGUCUCGACAUGUUCCCCAACGCGAGAGAAGUCCUCGUGCUUUACAGUAAGAAGACUGGAAAGAACAUUCAUCAGCUGCCUCUGAUGGCUUUUGUGGAUUCUUUGAUGGACGCUGUUUGCUUGAAUAAUGUAAAGAAGCUUUUUUUAAAAAAAUAAUUGAACUCAAAUCAAGGUUAACAAACUGAAUUUCCUCUUGGAAACGUAUGAAGAGCAGCUCGAACGAGAUCCUGCACUGAAGUCUUACAUUGAUAAGGCGAGUUUGAGAAUGUGCUGUUAAAUCAGUAAUAAUUGCUUUUCAGAUCGGAAAGUUUUAUUUUGGUUUCAAGUCUCCGAGCCAAGGAGGUUUUCGAGAUAUUCUUAAAGGUCAGCAAAUUAAAACUUAUGUGACUUGAAAUGAAAAUAACAAGGAGACAAUGGGUAAUAUUUAUAAAAAAAGCCUGAAAAAAAUAUCGAUCUUUUUGAAAGUUGACUCUCAGUAACUUUUUUUCUGAAAAAGUGUAAAAAAAGGAAUCUCAUCAUUAAAUUGUUAAUAAAAAGUAAUAUUGGCGCCUAUGACUAUUUUGAGUAUGCCUGACUAGUAAGUAUCAGAACUGAAAUACCAGUUUCAAAAAGCAGUACCGAAAAUCUAAACGAUUCGAAGUUUAUUUGUUGCAUUUGAAGCUGAGUAUAAUAAGAUAUAGCCAAACCAUGGAACCAAAAAAACAAAAAAAAAAUUUAGGAAAUCUGAUAUAUUUUCAGGCCUUAUGGGGUCUGAUACUACUGAAGAAACAGCCAAGUCUCACCUGGCUGCCAGCUCCGCAGCUCAAGCUCAAUACAAAGCUCGUCCAACCCCUGAUGCCGACCUUGACGACGGCUUCACAACUGCCGAUGAAGACUCGCCUCCGACUUCAGCUCGUGGAAAUAUGGAGAUUGAUGAUGAUUUGGACUGA